AUGGCUUCCUCACAUUUUUCAGCACCUUCACCUCCCAUGUUUGAUGGCAACAACUAUCCUGUUUGGGCAAUCAAAAUGAGAUCUUAUCUUCAAGCUUAUGACCUUUGGGAGCUUGUUGAAGUUGAUUAUGAGGUAGAACCAUUGAGAGCAGGUGCUACUGUAAAUCAAAUCAAACUUCAUAGUGAAGAAAAUGCAAGACCUUACAAAACUCUCACAGCAAUACAAGUUGCUGUGACCGAUGACAUCUUCACUAGAAUUAUGACUUGUACAACUCCUAGACAAGCAUGGAAAAAGGUUCAAGAGGAGUUCCAAGGAAGUACAAGAUCAAGACAGAUGCAGCUGCUCAACCUUAGAAGAGAAUUCAAAAAUAUGAAGAUGUUGGAGCAUGAAACCAUGAAGGAGUUUUCCAACAAACUUAUGAAGAUUGUCAACCAAAUCCGAUUGCAUGGUGAGUUUUUACCAGAUCAAAGGAUUGUUGAAAAGAUCCUUAUAUGCCUUCUAGAGAAGUAUGAAGUAAAGAUCUCAACUUUGGAGGAGACAAGAGACCUUACACAACUCAGAGUUGCUGAAUUGAUCAAUGCCUUGCAAGCCACGGAACAAAGGAGGAGUCUUCGGCUACAAGGUGAAUCAAGCUCGAGUGAAGCAGCCUUUGCAGCAAAUAACAACGGUAAAUCAAUCCAGCAACCAAGGCCUUUCCAAAGGCAAAAUAGAGGCAAGGAAAUAACAAACCAAAGAGAGAACAAGAUGACAUAUGAUCCUUGCAUAAUUUGCAAAAAGCAAGGACACACGGCUAAGAUAUGCUGGUGGAGACCGAAGGACAUGUGUCAUCAUGCAUGA